AUGGAUUGUUUGGGUCUAUCAAGACUAGACUGUUUGCCGAAUGGUGCCACACAUUUCGCAGCCGUUAUACCUGUUUCUCCCAUUUUUGGCGAAAGUAUAUUGAGAAUCAGCGAUGGCGAUGCUGGCGAUGUUAAUGAUGGUGAUGCUACAAUUGGAAUUCCCGAUGACUUGCUGAUUCGUAAUUCUGCAGAUUCCUUUUUGGAUCUUAUCCAGUUUGUUUAUCCCGAUCUGCGACGUAAGUUUCCGUUGAUGGUCUCAUUCGCAAUGACAAUCAAUAAAAGUCAAGGACAAACUCUUUCUCAGGUAGGACUGUACAUGUCCAGACCUGUUUUCAGUCACGGACAGCUCUAUGUCGCACUCUCGAGAGUUAAGAGUCGAAGUGGCAUAAAGAUUUUGACCAACUCGGAAUCUGGCGAAACAACCAACAUGACAAAUAAUAUUGUAUACAAGGAAGUUUUUCAGCGUAUAUGA